CUAGCAAGAAGAUGAUCAAUUGUCAGACACACGGGGGACUCGACCGCAUCACCAACUCCCAGAAAGAGCGAGCGUACGAAUUGUACCAUCCGCUCCAACAGCUGCUCAAAACCCGAAAUGACCAGCCCUCUCAUUCCCAGCCUCUGACCAUAAAGCACCAUCGGUCACCCACCAGGGCCAAUCUGAGAAACAAGUUUAGUCGAAUGAGCGAAGUCCGCCACCGGCACAAGCAAGACCAGCUCUCAUUGCGGCGCGAGAAGGUUACUGACGACCAACUAAAACAGAGCUUGCAAGUGAUGCACGAGUUGGAUAGUAUUUCACUUCAGGUGGAUCUUGACCAGCUUAUUGAUGAAGAGCGGGAACUCGAAUCUUUACGAGAGCAGGAGAAGGAAAAGGCUCAGGUGUUGACGGAGUUGGAGGAAUAUGAGAGAGAGUUGGAGGCAUACUUCCAAGACCUUGAGAUCCGAGACUGACUGCCAGAAAGCAGAAAUGAGUUACGAGUAGUUAUGUACCAAUAAAGAUGAGUUACGUUCG